AAACUGUCUAACGAGUGGAUCGAGGACUCUAGGAAUGGCAGUAAGGCGUCUCUGUGUGGUGCGCUUCUAGGAAAUGUGUCGAAAAACCGCUACAAGCAUAUCCUACCAUAUGACAAUUCACGUGUUAUUCUGGGCAGAACAUGGGACGAAUUUCAAAUGCAGAUCACGCCACACCCGUCUAUCCACUCAGUUGUUGGUAACUAUAUCAACGCAAGCUACAUUGGUGUUUGCGCCACAGACAUCAACGGAGUGGUGUUACCCAAUGAAUCUCUUUUGAGACCCGAAUUCAUUGUCACACAAGAUCCGCUGGAGACAAUUGGCGACUUCUGGCAAAUGGUCUACGAACAGCGCUCACCGUUAAUUAUACGAUUAUCUGAGGCCGGUAGCCGCGAUGAAGAAGAGUGUGUCCAUUGGCCCCAGGCAGUUGGCACAGCAAGUUUCUACCAGUCACAAACGGAAAUCUGGAACGUCGAAUUGUUGUACCAGAGGCAAAUUUCCGUGUGGACCGACAGGACAUUCAAAGUCUGGCCCAGUGGACGUGAAGACUUGGCACUUUGUGUUCGCCACCUUCAGUAUGGAGGCUGGUCAAGGAGUAACGCACCACUAGCAAAGAGGCUUCUCAAAUGUAUCGACGAUGUCUCAAAGAUCGCUGCCGCUUUUCCACCCACUGUGGGUCCCGUCGUAGUCCAGAGCAGAGGUGGGAUAGGAAGAAAUGGUGUCUUUAUUGUCGCUUACACACUGAAGUGCAAAAUUGAACAAGGCGUGAGGGGUGUUGACGUGUACGGCCUCAUCAAACAACUACGCAAGUAUCAAAUGGGUCUAGUCAAUGCACUGAUAACUGGAGGCGUAAUGGUAUUCACUUGCACAGGACUGCUUUUCACGCUUCUGGAUUUGUAUGAUUACGAGUUCACAGACACUCCGAGACAGCCUGCUGUGUGGCCGCUGACAAGGCGAUUGUCCGGAUCAGCCUACGAAUUGGAACUCAACUUCAACCUAGAGGAGGCUGAAACAAAUGUAACUAAAUACACAGUUCCAGAUGACCUUGUCCUCAAGAGUGGCGCCCGAUCAGUACCCCUGACGCAUGCGGACCUCAUUGGUAUCCCGGACAACGAGUGGAGGCUGCCCAUAGACCCAAGAGUAUACUUGACUUAUCCACAGGCCAUCAACCUAUCAGCGACUGUCGACAAUUUAAUGUACGGAAGACCGAUACAAGUUGCUCCCAUUGGUGACUUCCCGCUGCGGUAUCUGACACUCAGUAAAAGCGUCUGUCACCCCGAUCACUCUAGCAGUCAGAAUUUCGACGUCGUGGUAGUUGUCAAGUCGGGUGUUUCCAAUUUCGAGCGGCGACAAAACUUCCGGCAAUUGUACGGAGGAAUUACAAAUGCCAAUGCAGACUCCGUUCUGGGCUUGCGCAUCGGCCUUGUUUUCUCCGUCGGUAUCCCAAGGAAACAGACAAAUAACAUCUUCCAACGUGGUGAUCGCCUUGUUAAGCUCAUCAAUAAUGGAGGUGAGUUCUUAACCCCAGAGGCGCUGCAUACCGUUUCACAACGCGUAAAAGAGGAGAUAGACAUAUACGACGACCUCGUCGUUGGUGACUACGAGGACACAUACUUCAAUCUCACAAAGAAAACAAUUUACGCCUUCAACUGGGCAGCAAGCUUCUGUCGUCGGUCGGAGCCAACCAUCCUUUUCGUUGACGACGACUUCCCGUUUUCCGAGAAGCACCUUGCCAGAGCACUCCGACUUAUGACAGCGGAACAAAGAAGGAAUCUUCUGCAUGGCAAACUUGUUAAGGACGGCCGCGUCUUCCGAUUUGGCCAGCCAAGCUACGAACGAUGGUGUCUGCACAAGAACGAGGCGCCCUGGCCUCUGUUUCCCACCUACGCCUAUGGUGUGUGCCUGUUGGUGGGAUUUCCCCAGGUAGAAAAACUUGCUCUAGGCAUGUUAUUUACGCAGCAGUUCCAUGUUGAUGAUUCCUGGAUUGGACUUAUAGCGGCAAAACUGGAGCUCCAACUACAGAAUAUUCAUGAUCUGUUUGGACGUUUGGAUAUUUUGCGAAUUAACAAGCAUCGAUUGAAGUAUUUUGAAAAAAGAUUUGUGUACUUUUAA